CUUGUCCGCCCCGUUCUCGUUUUAGAGAGAGAAACAAAUGGGGGAGAGAGAGAGAGAAAGUUGCUUUUGCUAUGUCCGUUAUCUUUGAAGAGUGAGAGUCUGAGAGAGUUACCUAUUCCUAGAGAGAGAAAUAUCAAAUCUGACGAAUUUGGGAACAUCUUGGGUUUGUGAAAUCUGAAUCUGAAAUCACCCAAUCUGAUCUUGUUUUUGGCAUUCCAUAUAAAUGGCGACGCCAUUGACGGGGAUUCAACACAGAGACGGAGGCUUAGCGAUAAUGGCAGGGCCUGUGAACCAGCUCGAUCCAUCAGGAACCUCCAACAAGCCUAGCACGAGCCACGAAACUCUAAAAUCUCCGAUUCUCAUCUUCUUGUUCUUCCACAAAGCCAUACGUACCGAGCUGGAUCACCUCCACCGAGCCGCCAUGGCCUUCGCCACCAAUCAGCACAGUGACAUCAAGCCCUUGUUGGAGCGCUAUCACUUCCUUCGAUCCAUCUACAAGCACCACUGCAAUGCCGAGGACGAGGUCAUUUUUCCAGCUCUUGAUAUACGUGUGAAGAAUGUGGCACGUACUUACUCUCUUGAGCAUGAGGGAGAAAGUUUUCUUUUUGAUCAGUUGUUUAAAUUGCUGAAUUCAAAUAUGAAAAAUGAAGAAAGCUUUAGAAGAGAGUUAGCCUCUUGUACGGGGGCCCUUCAAACAUCAAUUAGCCAGCACAUGUCCAAGGAAGAGGAACAGGUCUUUCCCUUGCUUAUUGAAAAGUUUUCAUUUGAAGAGCAGGCAUCAUUGGUAUGGCAGUUUUUGUGCAGCAUUCCUGUGAAUAUGAUGGCAGAGUUUUUGCCAUGGCUUUCUUCCUCUAUGUCCUCUGAUGAAGGUGAGGAUAUGCGUAAAUGCUUGUGCAAAAUAAUUCCAGAAGAGAAACUUCUUCAACAGGUUAUAUUCACCUGGAUGGAUGGGGUAAAGGUUAACAGAAAGCAUGAAAGUUGUGGAGAUGAUUCUAAGCACCAAAAUUCUCUGGAUUCUGGGGCCAGCAGGCCCAGCAGCUUGAUCAGUUCCAAGGAGAAAGGGCAUUGUGUUUGUGAAUCUUCUAGGACUAUCAAAAGAAAAUAUAUUGAAUUAAAUUGCGAUCUCACAGAGUCCAGUCUGGCCUGUCCAGUUGAUGAAAUAUUGCAUUGGCAUAAUGCUAUAAAAAGAGAAUUGAAUGAUAUAGCUGGAGCAGCUAGGCGGAUCCAAUUAUCUGGAGAUGUUUCUGAUUUAUCUGCAUUUAAUCAGAGGCUGCAAUUUAUUGCUGAAGUUUGCAUCUUUCACAGUAUUGCUGAGGACAAAGUUAUAUUCCCUGCUGUAGAUGCAGAACUCUCUUUUGCCCAGGAGCAUGCAGAAGAAGAAAGUCAAUUUGACAAGUUGAGAUUUUUGAUAGAAAGUAUUGAAGGCGACAAAGCUAGUUCAUCUAGUGGGGAGUUCUAUACAAAGUUGUGUUCACAUGCUGAUCACAUAAUGGAUACCAUACAGAAGCACUUCAGCAAUGAGGAAGCUCAGGUUCUUCCACUUGCCCGAAAGCAUUUUAGCCCCAAACGACAGCGGGAACUUCUGUACCAAAGCCUAUGUGUGAUGCCCCUGCGACUAAUUGAGUGUGUCUUACCAUGGCUGGUAGGAUCACUUAGCAAAGCGGAAGCAACGUGUUUUCUUCACAAUAUGCAUAUGGCAGCUCCAGCAUCAGACAUUGCACUGGUCACACUUUUUUCUGGGUGGGCAUGCAAAGGUCGUUCUACAGAUGUUUGUCUGUCUUCAAAUGCAAUUGGUUGUUGUCCUGCAAAAAUGCUUACUGAAGCCGAAGAAGGUUUUGAUAAGCCUCCUUGUGCUUGCACCUCUUUGUCUUCCACUGAAGAAAAUCUCACUUUUGUUCAAUUAGAUUAUUAUCAAAGGCCAACAAAACUUGGAAACUCAAUGUCACGUGAAGAAAGUACUGCUUGUGAUCCUUCAGGAACUGUAAAUGCCCAGAUACUAUCUUGUAGUAAUCAGUCUUGCUGUGUACCUGCAUUAGGAGUGAAUAGCAAUAAUCUGGGAAUGAGUUCUCUUGCUGCAGCAAAAUCUUUGCGCUCCUUAUCUAUUGUUCCUUGUGCUCCAUCCCUUAACUCCAGUCUUUUCAACUGGGAAAUAGAUACAAGCGCGACUGAUAUUGGUUGUGCAACACGACCCAUCGACAACAUAUUUAAAUUUCAUAAAGCUAUUCGGAAAGAUUUGGAGUAUCUGGAUGUUGAAUCUGGAAAACUUAAUGAUUGUAAUGAGGCUUUCCUUAGGCAGUUUUGUGGUAGGUUUCGUCUUUUAUGGGGCUUAUAUAGAGCUCAUAGUAAUGCUGAGGAUGAGAUAGUGUUCCCAGCCUUAGAAUCAAAAGAAACUCUUCAUAAUGUUAGCCACUCUUACACCUUGGACCACAAGCAGGAAGAAAAAUUAUUUGAGGAUAUUUCAUCUGCACUUUCUGAGCUUGCUCAACUUCAUGAAAACUUGAACAGUACAAAACCGGUUGGAGGUUCAAGUAGAAGUAACUUUGAUUGUUCUUAUCGCGAUAGUAGUUUAAUAAAGUACAAUGAGCUUGCUACAAAGGUUCAGGGCAUGUGCAAAUCCAUAAGAGUAACAUUGGAUCAGCAUGUUAUUCGUGAAGAACUUGAGCUCUGGCCACUGUUUGGUAGACAUUUUUCCGUAGAGGAGCAGGACAAAAUUGUUGGUCGUAUUAUUGGUACCACAGGUGCAGAGGUGCUCCAAUCAAUGUUGCCAUGGGUAACAUCUGCUCUCACUCAGGAGGAGAAGAAUAAAAUGAUGGACACGUGGAAGCAAGCGACCAAAAACACAAUGUUCACUGAGUGGCUUAAUGAAUGGUGGGAAGGAACAGCAUCCGCAUACUCGCAGACUGCAACAUCGGAGAAUAAUACCUCACAAGUCACCGAUGUCCUUGAGACCCUGGACCAAAGUGAUCAUGCUUUCAAGCCUGGCUGGAAAGAUAUUUUUCGGAUGAAUCAAAAUGAGAUUGAAUCAGAGAUAAGGAAGGUUUCGCCGGAUUCGACUCUUGAUCCAAGAAGAAGACAAUAUCUCAUUGAAAAUCUUGUGACCAGUCACUGGAUAGCUGCUCAGCAGAAGUUACUUCAAGCAAAAAUGGGUGAAAGUUCAAAUAAUGAAGAUCUACGUGGGUGCUCUCCGUCGUUUCGUGAUCCAGAGAGAAAAGUGUUUGGUUGUGAGCAUUACAAAAGAAACUGCAAACUGCGUGCUACUUGCUGUGGCAAGUUAUUUACAUGCAGGUUCUGCCAUGACAAAGUCAGCGACCAUUCUAUGGAUAGGAAGGCUACCUCUGAAAUGAUGUGCAUGGGCUGCCUUAAAAUUCAGGCCAUUGGACCAAUCUGCACAACACCUUCUUGCAAUGGACUAUCUAUGUCAAAAUACUAUUGCAGUGUCUGCAAGUUUUUUGAUGAUGAAAGGACAAUUUAUCAUUGCCCUUUUUGCAAUCUAUGUCGCGUCGGGACAGGACUUGGUGUUGACUUCUUUCACUGCAUGACCUGCAAUUGCUGCCUUGCAAUGAAAUUAGUUGACCACAAAUGUUGGGAGAAAGGUCUCGAAACAAAUUGCCCCAUAUGCUGUGAUUUUUUGUUUACAUCUAGUGAAAUCGUCAGAUCUCUUCCUUGUGGCCAUUUCAUGCAUUCAGCUUGCUUUCAGGCGUACACUUGUACUCACUACAUUUGUCCAAUUUGUAGCAAAUCUUUGGGAGAUAUGGCGGUAUAUUUCGGCAUGCUUGACGCUUUAUUAGCUUCUGAGGAGCUCCCAGAAGAAUUUAGAGAUCGCUGUCAGGAUAUACUGUGCAAUGACUGCGAAAACAAGGGAACUUCACCCUUCCAUUGGUUGUACCACAAGUGCGGGCAUUGUGGAUCAUACAAUACCAAAGUAAUCAAGGUUGACUCAUAUUCCAAUUGCUCGAUAUCACGAUAGCUUACCAAGGACAUCUGGGCUCUCCAUAGAUGAUAUAUAGGUAUAUAAAUAUCAACCAUGAUUAUACACGUAUUUGUAAAUUAAAUUGGUCCAGUUUGCUCAAAAUUUUGGCAUUGUAUAAAAUCCUCGGUUGUUGUAUCCAUUGUUCCACGAGCUGUCGUGUCGUUAUUUUACA